UCUUCUCGUGUCACGUGGGAGGAAGUAGUUUGUAUUUUGUUUGAUUUCAAAGGAUUUUCCCGAUCUCUCCGUGUCGCAUGUCAGUAAAACUGGGUGACAAUGGAAAGUUGCUUGUCUUUACCACAUCGAGAGGUGGGCUCUAGGAAAUUUCGUUUUAUUUACUUGGUAGAUUUAGCAUCGUUUAGACUAACAGAAUGCUCCAACCAGAGUGCAGUGAUGAUUCCACUCUUUUUGGGUGCUGAUAUCCUCUCCAACACUGACACCCGAGUAGAGAACCACCCAAGGUACCAUGCCAAGUUUUCCAAGAAAGAACUUGCCACAAAAAUAAAAUUCUCCUCAGCUUUUAGGUUUCAGGGAUUGAAGGUGUCUACUGCAGAUAACAGUCUGUGGUUUUACAGCAUUCAGGGGCUUUUUCGAGUUGCAUUUGAAAUGUACAGCAAGCAAGACCAGCUUGCCGUGUUGGACAACUUACAAGAUAUUUGGAAAUCACAUAUCAGUGACAGCCCAUUAAAACCCUAUUACCACCUGAAUGUGCAGCACGACUCAUCAGCGCCUCUCAGCAUUUCGGAUAUGCCAUCAAAACACAAACCCUCACUUUGUCAGACUGACAGAGAAAUGACAGUUGCAUGUGGCACCCAAACAGUUGAUACUUCGGCAGAUCACGACUAUUGUUCUUCAGGAGCCGGUAUCCACAAUGAAAGAAGACAGUUACUUGUGUCAACACUCAGACAAAAGUUGCGCAGCUUGGAAGAACAGCUUUUGUCUCCAUCCCAAAGCUGUGCAGAACAACUCAACACCAUCUUGCUCCUUGUGGAGAGCAUUGCUCGGUACAUGAAAGGGACUCUAGAAGAAAAGGAUGCAGCUGUUACUAUUUUAGCCCUGCUCAAGGCUAAAGACUGGACAAAGGACUCUGCAUAUUCAAGUUACCUGCUUACCUCUAUAGGCCGUUGGCUUGGGGAGCAGUUUCAUGCAGCCAACAGCAGCAUUAGUCACAGAGUGGAGGGCUUUAAGGUUCAGCAUAUAGAAAGAAUAAGUGAUCUGCCGCCUCCUGAGGAGCUGGCCAAGGAACUGUUUCCUGAAGCAAUGCAAACUCUGCUGCUUCAUUGGAUGGGUUUAUGUGAGGAGUCAACCCUAGAAAAAAGGCACAGUGAAUUUCCAAUUUUGCUCCUUAUCCUGGAGUUUGCUAACCGUAACCUCAUAACCGGCGUUGCACAUGUGCUUUAUUCAAGCUUAAUAUGCAAAUAAGUACUGUGCCCGUGACCUGACACGGGUAAAAUAAUAAAUAUCUUGUUCCCACAAAUUAAUAUCUUGUUCCCACGAAAUAAUAUCUCGUUCCCACGCAUUAAUUAAUUAAUUAAUUUGU